AAAUAUAAAUAAUUUCUUAAGUAAUGUCUAGACGAAUUCAAUGGAUACAGGCGUUAUAAAAGCCGUUGCUUUUUCCCCUUUGUGUAUUAUAAAAAUCUCACCUUUACAAAACCCAUUUCUAUAUCAGUGGCAGCCAUAGUUCUCUACUUCGACCCUCUCAUGGAAUCCAAGCCUCUCGGUCUAAACCAGCUCACACCAUACCAAAUGUACCAGGCUCAGAAGCAGCUUAACCAUAGAACCCUCUCUCCAAACCGAAUAAGAACGAAGAAACUCUCAGCUUCUUCCUCCAACUCCCAGAAGCUCUACAAAGGCGUAAGGCAAAGGCAUUGGGGAAAAUGGGUCGCUGAGAUCCGUCUACCUAAACGCCGGACCCGGCUCUGGCUCGGAACGUUUGGAACCGCCGAGGAAGCGGCCUUGGCUUAUGACCAAGCCGCUUUUCAAAUCCGUGGAGAUGUCGGAAAGCUUAACUUCCCAAACAUCAAACACGAAGAGAUCAAUUCUCUCCCUUCCUCUGUUGAUGCCAAGCUCCAAGCUAUUUGUCAGAGUUUGAGAAAAACAGAAGAGACUUGCUCUGUUUCGGAUAAAACAGAGGACAUAUGCUCUGCUGCGGAUAAAACAGAGCUUUUCUUGCCAAAUACAGAGCACAUAGAAAUGAAUUUCUCUGAUGAUUCACCAAGAAACGAUAAGAACUCGUUGUGGGAUGAGUCUAAGUUGGAAUCUUCGUCUUCAGAACAUGGCAUAACGUUCCUAAAAUUCUCGGAUUCUGAGCUCGACGAGAUUGGGAGAUUUUAGUAAAACAAAUGAUGAACAGAAAGAAGCUCUCAAGCUUGACAAUGGCGUAAAGUAAAGCUUAGAGAGAGACGACAAAAGGAACUUUUCUAUUAUAUUGAAAAGAGUGAUAGUCAUGUGACUAUAUACAGUUGUCCUAACAAACUAACCGGAACAAACC